UACGUCAUAUUCACGUCAUAUCAAAUCGUCUUUUCACAGUCCUUUUAUAUUUUGUUUAUAUUUUUACUUUUCUAAUCUAAUGUGAACUAAAUUAUUCACUCGAAUCAAGGAAAAGUCUAAAAGUUCUUAGUUUAAUUUUUCUAAACAAGUUAAUACCAAAUUUGGGUGACGAAAGUGAAAAUCCAGUUCAUUAGAAUUAUUGCGUCAUAUUUCUUGGUUGUGGUAAAAACAACUUGGAAAACCGAAUAUAACAAAACUGAAAAUAAGAAGUGAGCGCAUAUUGCUGCAAAGCAGUUAAUUCUUUUGAUGUUAUUGGAUGAUUUUACUUCGAUGCCGCCGGAAAAGCGACCCAAACGAGGUCUCAGCGAUGCUGAUGAUGAAGAUGACGACUACAGGAAGCGAAGAGACAGAAACAAUGAGGCAGUUAAGAAAAGCAGAUUCAAAUCAAAACAACGAACACAAGAAACAUUCACCAGAGUGAAUAAAUUAAAAGCAGAAAAUCAAAUGCUUGAAGAAAAAGUGAAAACAUUAACAAAAGAUCUCCAAUUCUUGAAAGAUUUGUUUCUCGAAUAUGCAUCAAAUUCACAGAACUCAAAAUUUGCGGGAUUAGAUUUAGAAAAGCUUUUAGAAGAUGUGCAAGAUGAUAAGAAAGUAGGAAAAAGUGGUAAAUGAAUCAUAGUGAUACUAUUGUAUGGAUGGAUUUAUUCACACUUGGUUUGUGGUAAACUGUCACACAUAAAUGUAUUUAGUUUAAACUUACCUUAUCCGGUGAGUAUAAGUGAAAAUAAAUUAAGGUUGCUCCUUAGCACCAUCUGUCAAAGUUAAUAAACUUUCAUAAGAUCUUUGUUGACUGUGUGUUGAGUAUUGUAGGUUUUUGGAUCAUAUUCUAAAUUCAAACACAGAACUAACUGCCUUAGCACCUGUCAAAGGCCAGAUAUUUAUAUUACCAUAUAAUAAUAAUGACAUUUAAUCCAUUCAAAAACAUUACAUUAAUAUUUGAUUUGAUCAAAUAAUUGUGUCAUAGUGGAAUUUUAUUUAUGGUAUGUUGUCUUUAUAUUGUGUUUCUAGCUGAAAUAUGUUUUGAUAGUAAAAAAUGUGUAUAAAUCUAAUAUCCCAUUUCAGAGAUAAUGAAAUUACCUACAUUUUCUUCGUACAAGUUUUUUUGCGACGAAAAUCCACAUUUAAGAAUCAAAUGUAGAAUAUAAAUUCAUACAGGGUAGAUAUGACAAUGCAUUUUUUGUACAUUGCUUUAAUUUGAUUGCCAUUUGCUUAUUUGAUGACUAAUUUGUGAUAUUUCUUGGUAAUCAUUUAGAAUCAUAUUAUUUAUCUUAUUUAAGGUAUGCAUCCAUUGGUCCAUGCCCAAUGCACGAUUUUUCUUUACUUUGUAUAAUUUGCCUGCAUUGAAAGACAAAGAAAAUAUGUUUAAACUGUGCUGCAUCCAAUGUAGCCCUACCUUUUAUGGUUUGGUUAGUCGAAACUUUUGUACAAUUUUCAUAAUUGUGGUGAAAUCAAUGCAUCAUUUUUCUUGUAAAUUGUAAGUUUAAAAUGAUUUUUAGUAUUUAAGUUUAUUAUAAUUUAAGGUAUGAUAUAAUUUUUAUAUGCAAAUCAAUGUUAUAUUGUUUUUAUAAUUUUUUUUGUUCUUUUACAUAAUUGUAUGUAUCUCCGAGGUAUUCUCU